CGAACACGUCGAGAAGCAUGACCAGCGGCGAAGCAGAGAAACCGCCUUGGGCGCCGCGGGCGUAUGCGAUGAUGAUUGAUGCUGACCGUAAAGUCCACCUGCACAUCAACAACAAGCUCAUUGAGCUUCCAAUGUCCGACGCCGUCGCAGCUGCCGUGGUCGCGCACCAUGGCUCGAGAUCGAUCCCCGCCACAAACGUCCGUGCACUGUUUGUCGGCGGAAUUCCGCACGUGCACCGACUACUGAAAGACCGCCUUGUCCCUGAAGGCCCGUACACCGUGCUGCUGUCGCAUGUCGCCCUGGACGCGAUUGGGAGCACACAGAGCCUGGAGCCCAUCGACGCGCCGCCUUGUGGGUACUUUGGACGUCUUUUCGUGUGUCUGCCAUCGAGCUACGAAGGCGGCGCCAUUACUGUAGCCUCGGAUUGCAUGUUCAGAGUACCAGACUCCGCGGCCGGCGACAGCACCGAGGUCCAGACGUCGCCCCAAGGACUCCUCGCGGUGUAUGCAUCGACGCCCGUCACCGUGUCGCCGAUUACACGAGGCGUCCGUGUCCUCUUGGUCUUCAACCUCGUGUACAAGGACCCAGUGGCGCACUCGCGCUGUGGGCCGCCGACGGACGCCGAGGCUGUCACUGCAUGGAUCCCGGCAUCAGCGUUCAAGUUUACAGCGUCAUUCUACGGUCGCUUGCUGACCCAGCCAUCGACGUGGCUCGCGUUUGAAGAGCUUUGCGCCACCGACAUUCGGUUCGUCACGGCGGUUGCAGCGUCCAAGAAGUUUGAAAUCAGUCUCGCCUAUUCUAUGUCUGGCGGUGAUGUCGUGUACGCGCCGUGGCCAGCGUGCACGGUGCCCAAUGGCGUCGUUCUCGGUGCGUCACGCAUCAACAUUUCGUCACUGCGCGGCCAGUUUCCGUCAGCGUGCUUCUUGCGGCGUUAG